AUGAAAUACUGCCCAAGUAAGUAGCUUGCUUUGUUUCAUUAAAAUUAAUCAGCAAAUUGCUGUCCCUUUUAGGUGCCCCUCUUUCUCUGUCUUCUCUGCAUCCUUUUGUUCCCCCACUGCGUCUGGUGUGUGCUGCUCUGUGGCAGGUUGUUGAGCGGAGAGACAUCAUGGACUAUGGGCUGCUGGAGGAGUUUGCAACUGCAGUGUUGGAGAUAGUCCCUGAGCUGAUGACAUACAGAGAGAGGGUCCAACUUCUCAUGGGACUGAGAGCACCCGGUGAGUGAUAUGCGUGACAAGAGGGAGUGGGGUAGAAGUUGCUGUUAGGUACAGGUCUAGGAUCAGCCUACCCUUCUCAAAUCUUAACCUCAACCGUUAGGGAGUGAAAAUGCUAAAUGUGCCUUUGUUAGUGGCUGGGCCAUGGGCAACUUGGGUUUCCUACUUCAACUUUUCACUCAACGAUUGAUUGCACACUCACACCCUUGUUGCCACAUAAUAUUACCAGUUAAGCUCCCAGAUGUUCAGUCAACUGUGCCUCGUGAUUGACAGCUGGUUCUGGAGUUGUGUCGCUCGGAUGACCUGGCCGACCCUGAUACCAUUCAGCCACGCCUGGCCAGGAUAAGUAGCUUUAUAUCCAGUCAGAAGGGAGAGGAGGUGAGGGCUAUUCAGCAAAGGAACCACUUUUCCUAUGACUGAGUUGGUUGAAGCUUUAUUCUUGUAAUUAGCUCUCAAGUGAUAGGCGGCAUUCUGCCUUCUCCCUACAGUACUCAGCCAUUAGUUUCGCCCACGACUGCCUUGUGAACUACAAUCCUGACGCUGUGUUUUAACGUUUAGAAACGUGAAUAGUCAUCGCUUGCGAUACAGCUUUCGAAACAUAUGGGCCUAAUCUUUCAAAACCGUACUGCAAGCGAUGCAUGUUCAGACUGAGAUUCGGGAAUCUUAACAAAACUCUCCCCUACAGAAGACGCCUUUGUCCAAUGACUCUUAUGUGUAAUGUAAUGGAACUGAGAGUCAUGAUCAAAGGCUAGCUUGUAACCUGCUCCAGAGUUGUGGGUUUUAUUCCCACAUGGCCACACAUUCUUACAGUUUACUAUAAGUUGCUAUGUUAAAUUGCUUUAAAGACAGAUCAACGAUAUAUAAGAUCAAGUCUGUUAAAUAAUUUGCUGAGUAGUUUUAUUUAGAGACUGUGCUGUGUUUGCUGUAGGUUUCAGAUCCUAAGGUGGAGGCAUCAGAGGCAAGCUUCAUGAAGCUAAUUCAAAACCUGCUAGAGGAACCAGAGGACAGGGAUCUCUUCUUCCAGGUCAGUGUCAUAAUACACUGAGGGUGAAAAACGGAAACAAUUGCAUUCACUGCUCCCGAUUCCCACCUGGUGCCAGUGAGCCAUUCAUUUCGAUGGAACCCAUUUCUUAGGAAUGACAUUUUUUGAAGUGUAAAUAAAAAGCACUCUCUCAGAGGAGUUCGGCCCAAGGUAUGACUCUUCACUGCAGAUUCUUGUGCACGAGUUCCUGUCUAAACUGGAUAAGCUUAUUCCCGCUCCAAACCUUGAACAGGUACUUUACAUCAUUUUGUUGUAGCCUACUAUGCAUGCAGAUCUCAAGUUAGGACUCAAGUUAGGACCCAAAGUGCCUCUCUUUCCAGGCAAAACGUUGUAACACCGCCACUGUAACUUUCUUUGUUUGUUAGACUGCGUCUUGGCUCAGCCUCUCCCCUGGUCUCUUAGAGGAGUGUGUUCAGUCCGUACAGGCACUUCUUCUUCACCGUAAAAAUGGACACCAUUUUGACACCAAUGGUAGGUGGUGGGAUACACUAAUUUAGGGGUUUUCUAACCUCUCCUCGGGGACCCCCAGCUGUUCCUCGGGGACCCCCAGGCUUCAACAAAAUUGUGAAAAUAUAUUGAAAUGGAAUUAUGCCUUUCAUAACGGGGGUCAAGGUUUACAAGUAGGAAAACUGGAAAAUGAGAGAAAAUAUUUGAUUGAUCUCAAUAGUUUAUCCUGAUUACUUAUGAUGCUCUCUCUCUCUCUAGCUCAAAGGGCCACUGCUGGCAACUACAUCCUCUCUUCAUUGUCUUUUCCUUCCUCUCUGAUGGAAGAAAGUGCCUCUUGCCAAGCUAGCUCCGAGAAACAGUCAGAUCCCACCAUGCAGGGAUAUCAAAUCCCUGUCACAUCUGAUGACGAGUCAGAAAUGACACCUGUAAUAGAGUCAAACCAGGGAUGA